AUGGACCCCUCCAACAGGGUGGCGUUCCUAGGUAUCGUGAGCCGGGAAGGGAAGCUGAAUUUACUCCGUUCUUGUCGUUCUCAACACAUCUCCGAUAGCCGCUGGGUGGGAACGCGCAAAGCAGAAACGGCGCAGGGGUCUUUCGGUGAUAUUAUCGUAAAUGCCAUUGAUACGGAAUCCCUUGCUGCUCAAAAUGCGCGACGCUUAUUAGAAAGUGUCAGACGACACCCGGUAACUUUUCCAUCCUUGAUCCCGCACAAUCUUAUCCGCCCAACCCCAGGGUUUCUCGUCGGUAGCGGAAUCCACUAA